UAAAUUAUACCAUUAUUCCAUAAUCAGCAGCGGUGACGGCUUGGCUUAGCUUAACUUUGGCUUUAGUACUCAUCUCCUACUAAGCUCGUGGACUUUUCCUUCUCUCGUCAACAGCAGCGCACCUCACCUCCGCCGCUCGCCUCGCCUCGCCUCGCCUCGCCUUCCUCCUCCCAUCCUCACCCCGUUGAAUUUCUCCCACCUCCGAUUUCUUCUUCCUCGUUGAACCAUUCCCCACCCUUCUUCUCCUCCUCAUCCUCCUCUCCGCGCCCCGCCUCUGCGGCGAGGUAGGUGUUCGAUCGGUCGGAUGGACGCGUCGGAUGGCCGCCCGUCGCCGCGGAGCCGGCAGCUGCAGGGCCCGCGCCCGCCGCGGCUGGCCGUCAGCAAGGACUCCCACAAGGUCAGGAAGCCGCCCGUCGUGCCGCAGCCGCGCGGGGGCGGCGGGGUGGUGGCUGGGCCGUCGCGGCCGCAGCAGCAGCAGCAGCCGCGGGCGCCGGUCAUCAUCUACGACGCCUCGCCGAAGGUUAUUCACACCAGGCCCAGCGAGUUCAUGGCGCUCGUCCAGCGCCUCACUGGCCCUGGCUCCGCCGCCGUGGCGGCGGUGGCUGCUCCCGUGGCCGCUGGCUUCCACACCGAGGCGUCGUCGUCGUCGUCCGCCUCCGCCUCCGCGCUGCCGCCGCAGUUCCAGCUGCCGCAGGAGUUCAUGCUCUCCCCGACCGCCGCGCUCUCCCCCGCCGCGAGGUACGCCGCCAUCGAGAGGUCCGUACGGCCGCUUCCCCCCACCACCGCGCACUACUACACCGCCGACGCCGACGACCCCAUCCUGCUCGACGUCGACGGCGACGCCGCCGCCUUUGCGGCGGCCCUCGGCCCCGCCCGCCCGAGCAUCCUCUCCCCGGUGCCCUCCGCGCUGCCGCCCGCGGCGUCGUCGGGGCUCUUCUCCCCGCUCGACCAGGCCUCCCUCUCCUGGCUCAGCGACCUCAGCCCCUUCCUCCACUCCGCCGGCGCCGCCGCCGCACCCCCGCCGCCGUUCGCGCCGAGCCCCCGCAGCCUGCUGCUGUCCACGCCCACCAUGCCGUCGCCGGCGACCUUCUCCGUCAUGGAAUUCUUCAGCAGCAACUUCCCGGACCUGUAAACUAAUCCCAGCUCACCUCAUUUGAUUACUCCCUCUCGCGUCCGUGUCACCCCCGGGGUUAAUUACUUUAAUCCUUAAUUAAUCUUUUACCGCGUGCGCCGGCGAGGUUAAAAAGUAAAAAAUCACAUUGCCGCGCCGGUGAGGUAACUUCCAGCGAGGCGGGCGGGUUGGCGAGAUGGCACGGUCGUUCGAUUUUUUAAUGGAGGAAAAAGAAAACAAUAUUCUCAGAUAUUUUCUCCUGUGGGUGAGGGGAAGUUGGCUUGGCUAAGCUAGCAUUAAUUGUUGGAGUAGGUGAAUUUCUCUUCUCAUACUUGCUUCCUCUCCUACUGUUAAUGUAUUGAUAAUUUGAUAUUAUAAUCAGCUUUAGGUAGGCUAACCUCUCGUUGGCUUUAUUUUUCUUCCUCUUUUUCUUCUUUUCGUUCUGCUGAUUGUGUAACUUGUAAACGAAGGAGAUGAUUGAUUGGUUGAUUUAAUGCUAGUUUCAUUUGUUCAUUCUUUAUUA